AUGCAUGCUGGUGUCUACAAUGCAAGCGAUAGCUUUGGGUUUCAUACCUUCACAGUUUCCUCUAUUUAUCGAGCAGGUAUAAAAUUUCAGGUUACGGUAUAUUUUAACGCGGAUAAAAUACUCACGAAGAUGACGGCUAUCGUUGACGACGAACAAGUUACAUGCAAGCCAAAAGGUAGGUGGGAGGGUAGAUCGAAAUAG